CUCGAAUGCCAUAAAAAAGCCUAGCCUAUGACGAGGCGGCUUAGCACAAGAAACAGAACUACUCCCGACAAAGGCCGUUCCUUCUCACGACUAAUUUGAUCUCCUCCCUCCCGAUAUAGUUUCUCACUUUCCGCAACGCGGCCGAGUCUAACCGGUGUAGCUCACGGCGUAGGAGCUCGAGCGAGUAGCUGCUCUUUAUUUCCAGCAUACUCUAGGGGCUUUCUCAUGCACUCUUGUUCCAAUUAGGGUCUUUCGGGUCAGCUACAGGUCGAUUCGUCUUGCCGUGUUCUGUUGUGAGUACGAACGGGCCUUCGGUUUCGUCCCACCUCGUUACUGUCGCACUCGUGGCUCCUAGAAGUGGGUCUGACCCGGAGGAUGCGUGAUCAUCAAGCCACCACUUACCCGCAAUGAGCAGCGUUGAGCCUUUCCGUAGGUGUGUGCGCUCCUGUCGCCUGUUCUAAAGCGUAUUACUACGCGGAUGCGUGAUCGGAACAUCAUUUACCUGCCAUGAGCAGCGUCGAGCCUUUCCGUAGGCUGGUGAAAUUGGUGGCCCGUGCAUUCUACGAUGACGAUCCAACGGACGAUAAAGAUAAAGAGAAGGAGAAGGAGAAGGAGAAAGAGAAAGAGAAGGACAAGGGGAGCAACAAAAAGGCAGAGCGGAUAUGCGGAGGGGAGACCAAGGGACUCACUAUAGUCGUCCUCGACGCCCUUACAAGACGGCAGUGGAUGCGUGAGGAGGAGCUAGCUCGGCAGCUGCACCUGCACCCAAAGCAACUGAGGCGAACAUUGAAGAUGCUUGAAGAGGAGAUGAUGCUCGUGAGGGAGCACCGGAAGGAGAAUGCUCGAGCAGCCAAGAGGCAGAAGCAGGAGGGAGAGGAGGGAGGGGAAGGGCAAGCCGAAGGCGAAGCGGAAGCAGAAGGGUCGAAAUGGGAAGGGAAGCCGGGGCAAAAGGCGAAGCAGCACUCGCACUCCUACUGCUGCUUGCACUACCCCCAGAUCUACGACGUGGUGCGGUACCGCAUCCACCGCGCCAAGAAAGCGAUUAAAGACGAGCUGGAUAGUCGCAAGGAGGUGAUGCACCUGCUGUGCCCCAAUGGCAACUGCAAGGCCAGGUACUCCACACUGGACACGGACCGGUUGAUAGAUCCGGUAGACUUUAAUCUCAAGUGCGAGAGGUGCCACUCGGAGCUGGAGGCAGAGAGCGACAUGCUGGGAGGGGGAGGGGGAGGGGGAGGGGGGGAGGGGGAGGAUAACACGCGGAAGAAGAAGAAGGAGGCGCUUCAAAACAUGCUGAGCAGGUUCGAGCGCGAGCUAAAGCCACUAAUGGAGCAGAUAGUGAAGAUUAAAGACCUCACGCCACCCUACUUCGGGUCUCUAUCGGAGUGGGAGUCCAAGGCGUCGCCAGCACAGAGAGCAGCCGCAGUGGGGGGCGAUAUUCCCAAGGCGCUCCCCCGCUUGGCGGGGCCAGGAGGGGGGGGUGCUACAUCCACUCCGCUGCCUUUCCUUGGGGAGACGCGGGUGGAAGUGUCUAUCGGUGGGGAGGACGUGGCUGCUGCUGCUGGAGGGGCGGGACGAGGAGGGGGAGGAGGGGAGGGGGCGUUGACCAAGCCAGCGGAAAUGAAGGUCAUUCCCAAAUGGGCGAUCCGAGAGGGCAUGGUUCUCACAGCUGCUCAGAGAGGGGAGGCGGAACCGGAGGCAGGAGGGGGCGGGGAGGGCGGGGAGGGGGAAGGAGAUGGGGGAGGGGAGGCCGGAGGGGCGUCUGGAGGGUUGACUGCAGAAGAGGAGGCAGAGCAGCAAAGACUGCAGGAAUACUACAAGGCAUAUUAUGCUGCAUUGCUGCAGCAGCAACAAGCACAAGCAGCAGCAGCAGCAGGGGGAGCCACUGCCACUACCGCUGCUACAGACGCUGCCACGGCUACAGCUGCUGCUGCAGCAGCUCCUACUGCCGAAGCAGCAGCAGCAGCGGAGGGAGAAGAGGAGGAGGAGGAGGAGGAGGUAGCAUGGGAGGAAGGGGAUUCGGCAGUAUACCCCACUGCUCCCCCUCCUGCUUCUCUCCCUUUUGGCUCAGCUCAAGCCCUGCCCACUACACCUAUAGCACAAGCUAUUCAAGAGGAGGAUGAGGAGGCGGAUUAUGAGUGGGAGGAUGGGGAUGGGGGGGGGAUGGGAGUGGGGGUGAGUGGGGGGUUAGUGGGGGAAGGAGAGGGGGAUGGUGGAGGGGUUGGAGGGGGAGUGGGUGCGGGUGGUGCGGGGGAAGGGGCUAGUGUUGCGGUUACCCCCGAGCAGAUUGGGGUUGGUGAUGGUGGCGAGGGGGAGGAUGAGGAUGAUAUCGAAUGGGAUGAGUAAAAUAGUACGCUUCAGUAUAGUACAUUGCAUUACGUGGUGGGCUUGGGUUGGGGUUGUUCCUUGAGAACAAGGUUUGGGUUGGAUUGGCACGAUAUGACAUGACUCUGUACAUGACAUCAUAUGAAAAGUAAAAGAUCUGCUUAUCA